AUGAGUACAACUACAUCACCUAAAUCACUGUCAACACCACAAAAUGCUGCCUUAGCUACAGGAUAUAGUCGCCUUUACUUGUCUACUGCCGAGAAACGGAUUCGGAACCGGAGUUUGUGUAGUCUGCUUUGGACCCCGCCACUUUAUCCGGGAUAUUCUGCUAAAUUAGAAAAGUCGUCAAAACAAAAAAUAUCAUUGUUACCAGUAGAAAAUGAAGAGAUUAACUGGAGUAGUCCAAAAAAAGAAACUAAUUCGAAGGAAUCUUCUGGCUAUGGUUCUGGAGCUUCAGAAUCAGAUCCUGAAAAUGAUCAUCAUUCUAAAAAAGUGCCCACUGAUAUUGAUAAUAUUGACAUUGGUGCAGUAAAUAUUAUCAGUGAUAAUAAUCAAGCAGCAGAUGAAGAUUUACGCACUUCAAAACGAACUCAAGCAAGGCAACUGCGCAAUCGUCAUGUCACGAUAGAGAAAGCAAGACGCAGAAGCAUUCCUGCUUGUCUUCGAGACGCAUUUUCAGAUGAAAUCGCGCGUGUACUUGAGAUCAACGGGGUUUUGCAGUAUGAAACAGAUGCUGUUAGUUUUCGCAAAUAA